GGGGCCUGCUCAAGGGGUGCGUGCGAGCAAGGCGGCGCGCUCUCCCGGACACAAGUGCGUCGGGUAGAGGAGUCCGGGUCGGACGUGUGGAGGCUCAAACAGGAUCCGCGGCGAAAGCACUCCGAGCGGCUGGUGCUCUAAAAGACCUUGAGAUACCUUGAAGAAGAGUAUGCGAGUUGUCUCCAUCUUCUAAUCAACCGUUAUUCGCUGGCGAGUGACACCAAAGCACACCAUCUGAUUAUGAUUUGGAAGACAACAUGACAACCAAUUAUUGAAUUUGCCUCAAGAAUAAAGAUGUUGUAAACAAAGAUCAAGAACCAUGCCAGCAACUUAAUUGUACGCACACACUGGGCACAUUCAAAGUUGAUUGAAAUUCUCUUCUGCAAAAUGGAGUAUUUAUGCUUUGAUUUUCUCGCUUUAGAGAAGCGUAAACAGUCCUCAAACAAAAUUAUUUUAUGUAUUUUUGUUAUAACAUGCUUAUCAGUUAUAGUUUACACUGAUGAGGACUAUUAUAAAUUGCUUGGAUUGUCAAAAAGUGCAACUAAUCGUCAGAUAAGGCAAGCUUUUAAGAAACUUGCACUCUCAAUGCAUCCUGACAAAAAUCCGAAUAAUCCAGAAGCACAUGACAACUUUUUGAAAAUAAAUAGAGCAUAUGAAGUUUUAAAAGAUGAGGAUCUUCGAAAAAAGUAUGAUAAAUAUGGUGAGAAAGGCCUUGAGGAUCACCAGGGUGGACAGUAUGAAAGUUGGAACUUCUAUCGUUAUGACUUUGGCAUUUAUGAUGAUGAUGUUGAAAUUAUUACCUUGGAUAAAGGAGACUUUGAUGCUGCUGUUACCUCUGGAGAAUUGUGGUUUGUAAACUUCUACUUCCCUCGUUGCUCGCACUGCCAUGAUCUAGCUCCUACGUGGCGGGAAUUUGCCAGUGAGAUGGAUGGAGUAAUCCGCAUUGGAGCAGUCAACUGUGGGGAUAACCGGAUGUUGUGUCGUUCCAAAGGAAUCACCAGCUACCCCAGUCUUUACAUCUUUAAACGAGGAGGGGGUGCAGUGAAAUAUGUUGGAGAUCGAUCAAAGAAAGAUCUUGUCCAAUUUGCUAUGAAGUAUGUCACAACUCAGGUGACAGAAUUAUGGUCAGGCAAUUUUGCAAGUGCAUUCAAUACAGCAUUCUCUUCUGGAGUUGGAUGGUUGGUCACUUUCUGUGCUGGAACAGGAGAUUGCUUAUCUUCACAGACACAGCUCAAGUUAGCCGGAAUGCUGGAAGGUCUUGUUCAAGUUGGCUGGAUGGAUUGCACAACUCAGGUUCAACUUUGUACAGAUUUAGAGAGAACCUCCAGUACAACAAUUUAUUUUCCACCUGGUUCGACUAUAAAACAGAAAGGUGGGAUCUUGUUCCUAAAUAGCCUGGAUACUAGAGAAAUUUAUGUUGAGGUUAUGCAAUAUUUACCAGAUCUCGAAAAGCUCACUGAAGAUUCAUUCCAGAACAAGUUAACGCACCAUCGUUGGCUGGUUUUCUUUAAGUUUGGUGACGCAGUAGAGCCUGGUGAUUAUGAAUUCAAAAAAGCUAAAGUUCUUCUAAAAAGUGACAAUAUCCAGGUUGGAAUGUUUGACUGCAAUGAAGGACCACGAAUCUGCAAGAGCCUCUAUAUUCGCCAACCUUCUGUUGUAAUAUUCAAAGGCAGUGGAACUAAAGCCUUUGAGAUACAUCACGGUAAGAACGUUCUCUAUGACGUCGUGUCCUUUGCAAGAGAGAGCAUCAAUGCACCUGUUAUCACACUUAGUCCGAAGAAUUUUCCAAGGAACAACAGGGAACCGUGGCUUGUGGAUUUCUUUGCACCAUGGUGUCCUCCCUGUCGUGCCCUUUUGCCUGAGCUGCGUAAAGCUUCGAAACAAUUAGUUGGUCAGCUUAAGUUUGGAACAUUAGAUUGUACAAUCCAUGAGAGUUUAUGCAGCACCCAUGGUAUCCAAGCUUAUCCAACAACACUAAUAUUCAACCAAUCAAAUGUUCAUGAAUAUGAAGGCCAUCAUACAGCUGAUGAACUUCUGGAGUUUAUUCAGGAUCUCAUAAAUCCCUCAGUAAUUGCACUGACACCAGAGAAUUUUGAAGGAUUAGUUAGAAGGAGAGCCAAAGAUGAAAUUUGGAUGGUCGAUUUUUAUGCUCCAUGGUGUGGCCCAUGCCAAGCUUUAAUGCCAGAAUGGAAGAGAAUGGCCAGGAGGCUGAAUGGAACAGUCAACGUAGGCAGCAUGGACUGUCAGAAGUACUAUUCCAUGUGUCAGAAGGAAGAUGUGCAGGCCUAUCCAGAGAUCCGACUGUAUCCACUGAAUGCUAAAAACAUGCACAAUUACUAUAGGUAUUCUGGUUGGUCCAGAAAUGCAGAGUCACUUAGGUCAUGGGCAUUGGGAUUUCUUCCGCAAACCUCUGUAGAAUUAACACCGGAAGAGUUUACACGACAAGUAUUAAAAGGAAAGGACCAUUGGGUAAUUGAUUUCUAUGCACCAUGGUGUGGCCCUUGCCAGAACUUUGCUCCUGAAUUUGAGCUUCUUGCUAAGUCAAUUGAAGGUGAAAUUAAAGCAGGGAAGGUGGACUGUCAGAGUAACCCGCACACUUGUCAAACAGCUGGUAUCAGAGCUUACCCUACAGUUAAAUUCUAUCCAUUCCAAGGAGAAAAGAAGAAAAAUGUUGCAGGAGAAUAUAUAAACAGUAGAGAAGCAAAAACAAUAUCCCAGUUGCUGAGGAAGCGAUUGGAGGAGCUUCAACCAAAGUUAAAAGAUGCAUUUUCAGCUAAAAAGGAUGAAUUAUAAAAUUGUGACCUCUAGAUUGAUCCUCAAUGUCAACUGGAAAUCUGCAGCAACAGAAAUCUGAAAUAUACAAAGCAAAUAAGAUUUUAACAUAACAUUUAAUUUGAUUGUGGAGUAUGAGAUAAAACUCAUUCUGUGGACAAAGUUAUUCACCUGUCUUAAAACAAGAUGAACAACUGUAUAAUGUUGCACCUAAACAAGUUCCUUGUUGACAAACUGAUCAAAGUUCCUUUCUCACUACAUAUUUUGGCACAUUUUAUCAUGUUGAAAUUUAUAUAGUAAUAUUUUUGACAUCCCUUGUCCAACUAUCCCAAAAUAUUUCUAAAACUUUGUUUUGAACAUCUAAUAUUUCCACUCCCAGAAGCAUCACUCCAUUCAUUUUAAUAUGACAAAUGAAUUGAGAAGUUGAAACUUCUCACUACCAGCCAUCUCUGCUGUAAUAUGUUUUGCUAUCUGUAGCAAGUUGAAGAAAUCACUGAUAUUAUUAUGCACUGAUGAUAUUAUGUGGAAAGGAUUGUUUUGUUUUGAUAGUAACAGAUAUUUGAUUUUUUGUGUGUAGAAUGUUUAAAUAAAGUAGUUGGGAGUAUUGCACAUCAGUGCAUGAUUUUGCUGAAACUGGUGAACCCAAUUAAAUUUGUAUUCAUUUUCCAGAUAUGUUGUUGGUUUUGUUGGAUUGUAUUCCAUAUAUAGUUUCCUUAUUUAAUGUUUGUGGAAUUAUUUUGUUUUAAGAACUGAGCAAAGUUAGUGAACAUUCCUCUACAAAUUGAGCAACCAAUGCAUUUGUAGCUGUGGCUACUUUCAAUAAAUUCUAGGAUUUUAGUUGAAAUCUAUUGCUUGGACAUCAUAUAUAUUCUAUUUAAUAUGACUCAGUGUUUAAAAUUCAGGCAGUUCAUUAUGUUUUAUAAUAUGAAUUUUAAUUGUAAAAUACUUCAGCAAUUAAACUUCUGACAUGGUUUUAAGAUCUGUGUAAUGAAAGAGGAUAACUAUUAGUCAAUUGAACACUCUUGCUGUGUAGAAAAAUCUCCUAGCAAUGAAGUGCUUGCUCUUGGUUUAUAUGGUACUUGAUAUUUGCCAUGAAAAAUGUAGAUUUUAAGAUUAUGGUACAUUUGGAAUUAAGAUGGUGUCUUUUGGACAUUUGAAGCAUUUUGUUAACUGUUAAAUCCAUUCAAAAAACAAAUCUGGGUGUUUAUUUUGAUAUAUUGCAGCUUUACUACAGGGGACAAUGACUGGCAUUUUAUAUUGGACAAACACUAACCAGAAUGAACUUUUAACUACUUUGCAAGUUACGUUUUGUAUCCAAUACAUCUUGUCUCAUGUUUUGGUUUUGUUUAGUUGAACAUACUUGUUUCCUAACUGAACAUUUCACACAUGCCGUAAAUCACUUCAGAAUAAUGUUAAAAGUAAAUUUUAACUUUUUGGAUUUUAAUGUUGUUGUGAUGCAGAGUGCACUUAAAAGAAAUAACUAAACAAGCAACCAAAUGGUAACUCCAGAGAAAAUUCUACUCUCAUAUUCUGGGAUGUAUAGACCCUUUAUCCAUUCACACAUGCAAGGUUCGGAAAGGAUAAUAUUGGAACAAUUACAUUUUUUAGUAAUUGUUGCAUUUACUGUAGUUUUCUAUAGUUACAGCAUAAUAAAAUAGGAAUAUGGUUCAUACAAGUUAUUCUUUCUUUAUUCUGUGUUCUACUUCACAUAAUUACCUGACCAUCACCAAAUUGCUGAUAAUUAGAUUCAUUAGGAAGAACAGUCACAAAGAUUUUUUUUUAAAAACAGUGCUGGCUUUACUCUAUUGAAUGGAAUGUGUACUAAAGGAAUAUUUCAUUUUUGGAAACAAAAACCUUUUUAUUGCUUGGUAUCUGAAAACCUAUUUUCUUUAUACAAGCUUGGUCGUCCAUCU